CUGCAAGAGAGGAGGGCCUCUGGACAUCAAAGGUUCCUUUUGUCCCUUUCCGAGUGGCAGGGCAGCCGGGCCACUGGCUAUGACUCAGGCCUGGCUCUGACGUCACCCACGGCCUGCCACUGGCCUCAGUUUGCAGCCAGGAACCUGGCCAGGGAGUGGUUCUCAUAGCGGCUGCAAAUCUCAAAACGGGGAGCUCACUGCUGUGCUCUCUCCAACUCCCCACAACCCACCUUAAUUUUUUUUCUUCUUUUUGAAGUCUUAAGGAGGCCUUUUCUUGUAGAUCAACUUUCCAAAUGUACGCAGUCAGAAUGAGUGACAUCAUGAGAAAAUUAUGUGGAGCAGAUCUCAACCAGGAGUUGAGGAAUCCAGAGGAAGAAUGCAGUGGUAACUCCUGAGACCAGGGAGUUGGCAGAGUGUGGGCUUCCAAGGAGCCAGCACCUCCGAACCAGGCUGUCUUGAAUCGAGGCUAUGCCGGCUCACUGUUCCUCUGGCUGAAAGAUCUGAAAGGCCUGAGUGCUGUGUGACAAACACUUUGUUGAACCAAGACUCUGAGGCUGAUAUGCAAUGUCACUUACAACAUUAAUCAGAUACUGCAUUUAAGGUAGGAGGCAAGGUGGACUCUAUUUUUAACUCCCAGGCACUGCAUCCUGUGCAAGCAACUCCGGUUCUCACGUUUGUGUUUGCAGAGCCGGAAUCAGUGGUUUGAUUUUCAGCAAAUGUGACAGUGGCCUUUGCAGUGGUCAGCUCUGGGCUUUGAACUCUCAGAGGAGCAAGGGAGGGAAAAAAAAAAUUCAACACAGCACCUCCUUGGUUGCAGCCUCAGAGAAUCCUUGGAUAAGAAACUUCUUUUUUUCAGUCCUGUUUUGCUGUUGAUAAAUUCAGUCCUCGUGAUCACAGGGCUUUCAAGCUGUUCGGCGUAUGAUUUUUGGUGUGUGUGACAAUCGCAUCUAAAACUUGUGAGCAAGAAGACGGAGAAAUCAGUUGGUCUCCAUCGCCUUACAUAAAAAUGGCCGAGUGUCUUGUUAUGCUAACAUUGCCCUGAGUGAUACGCACAGAUCUUGAUGUGGAAGACAUGGAGGGCUCAGAACCAAGGAUUUCCAAGUGAUUUCUGCCAAAGCACAGAAGCUAACUCGGUUAAGGUUGGCGUGUUCUAAAUGAGAUGACAGUCAUGUCCCUCUGCAGGGACCUCAAGGACGACUUUCACAGUGACACUGUGCUCUCCAUCUUAAAUGAGCAGCGCAUUCGGGGCAUCUUAUGUGAUGUCACCAUCAUCGUGGAAGACACCAAGUUUAAAGCCCACAGCAAUGUGCUGGCUGCCUCAAGCCUUUAUUUCAAAAACAUCUUUUGGAGCCAUGCGAUCUGCAUUUCCAGUCACGUCCUGGAGCUGGAUGAUCUGAAAGCCGAAGUGUUUACAGAAAUACUCAAUUAUAUCUAUAGCUCCACCGUUGUGGUCAAGAGACAGGAAACCGUCACUGAUCUUGCAGCUGCAGGGAAAAAGCUGGGAAUAUCAUUCUUAGAAGACCUUAGUGACCGAAACUUCUCAAAUUCCCCAGGCCCUUACGUAGUCUGCAUUACUGAAAAGGGCGUGGUUAAAGAAGAAAAAAAUGAGAAAAGGCACGAAGAACCAGCUGUCACUAAUGGGCCAAGGAUCACAAAUGCGUUUUCCAUCAUUGAAACGGAAAAUAGUAAUAACAUGUUUUCUCCCCUGGACUUGAGAGCAAGCUUCAAAAAAGUGUCUGAUUCCAUGAGAACGGCCAGCCUUUGCCAGGAGAGAACCAGUGUCUGCCAUGAGGCAGAGCCUGUCCGCACGCUGGCCGAGCACUCGUAUGCCGUAUCUUCCAUCACUGAGGCUUAUAGGAGUCAGCCUCUGAGGGAACAUGACAGCAGCUCGUCUGGUAAAACGGGAAAAGAAAGUGAUGAAGCUCUUGCCACAAAAGCAAAGUCAUGCCGAAAGCCAAAGACCCAAACCCAGGAUUCUGACUCAACCACAGAAAAUAUGCCACUCCCUCUAGUAACCUGCCCAGAGGUGAAUCAAGAAAGAAGCCCACAGCCAGCUCCAAUUCUGUCACACACAGAACCUCCCAGCAAUGAAGGAGAUGCCCAUUUUCCUAGGGAAGAUGAAAACCAACCCUCUGAUCCUCCUGGUCCACCAGCAGCGGAGGUCCCGCCCCUCAUUUAUAACUGCAGCUGCUGUUCCAAAUCCUUUGACAGCAGCUCACUGCUCAGUGCUCACAUGCAGCUCCACAAGCCCACCCAGGAGCCUUUGGUGUGUAAGUACUGCAACAAGCAGUUCACCACCCUCAACAGGCUGGACCGGCAUGAGCAGCUCUGCAUGAGGUCUAGCCACGUCCCCAUCCCAGGGGCAAACCAACCGUUCUUGGAAAACUACCCCACUAUUGGACAAGAUGGAAGUUCGUUCACAAGCCCAGAAUCGUUAGUACCAGAAACUAGAAUUGGCGAACUAUCCAGCGCUGGGAGUGCCUUGUCAGACAUGGACCACGUGGUGAAAUUUGUGAACGGGCAGAUGCUCUACAGCUGCACUGUGUGCAAACGUAGUUAUGUGACUUUGUCCAGCCUCCGGAGGCAUGCAAAUGUCCACUCGUGGAGAAGAACAUACCCUUGCCAUUACUGCAACAAAGUAUUUGCACUGGCUGAGUACAGGACGCGACAUGAAAUCUGGCACACUGGAGAGAGGCGGUACCAGUGCAUUUUCUGUCUUGAGACUUUUAUGACCUACUACAUAUUAAAAAACCAUCAGAAGUCUUUUCAUGCCAUAGAUCACAGACUCUCCAUCAAUAAAAAAACAGCGAACGGAGGCUUGAAGCCUACUGUGUAUCCAUACAAACUUUAUAGGCUCUUGCCUAUGAGAUGCAAGAGGGCACCUUAUAAGAGCUACCGGAAUUCUUCCUGUGUAAGUGCUCAAGGAAACAGUCAAAGGGGUGAAUCUGUACCUGAUACAUUCAUUGUUCCGAAUCUGCAAAGUUCUGAAAUGCCCACACUGGACUUCCAAGAUGGCAGAAACACAUUGACCUGUAGCCCUGCCAUCCCAGUGGAAACACCUUCACGGCAGGACACACCCACUUCUGCCAAAGUAAAAAAUGCAGAAGGCAUCAAAUGGAGGAAGCAGAAAACCAAUCUCGUCGAUAACUUCAGUUCAACUGAGGUGUCGGUUUCCUCCACUGGAAACACUGUUGGCGCCACCCUACAGGCCGAGCGGGCAUAUGUCUCAUCUGUGGGCAAGGGUAGCGAGCACUCGGCCUCUGUGAUCAGCUACAGCGGCUCGGUGCCCUCGGUCAUUGUGCACAGCAGCCAGUUCUCGUCGGUGAUCAAGCACAGCAAUGCCAUCGCUAGCCUGACCAACAGCAACCACAAGUCUCCUUCACAACCAGUGGUCAGUCCAACCCUGGUCAAGGAUAGCAAGCCUGAGGCAGAGAAAGCCAGUAAACUUGCGAGCAGGCCCAAAAGCAUUAAGGAGAAAAAGAAAGCUGUUCCGUGUAACAGGGGAGAAAUAACAGAGGAGGCAAAAUACGUUGCUGAUCAUGGAGGAUCUUCAGGCAAAAGCACAAAUGUCAAAGAAACCAGUAAGAUUGAAACUUAUAUCGCAAAACCUGCUCUGCCUGGUACCUCCACAAAUAGCAAUGUUGCACCCCUUUGCCAAAUAACAGUGAAAAUUGGGAAUGAAGCCAUCGUGAAAAGGCAUAUCCUUGGGUCUAAGCUGUUUUACAAAAGAGGGAGAAAACCCAAGUAUCAAAUGCAGGAGGAGACGUUGCCUCGGGAGAGUGACCCAGAAACCCAUGGAGACAGCCCCCUUGGGCUGUGCCAGGCUGAAUGUGUAGACAUGAGUGAAGCAUUUGAUGAAGCGAGUGACCAGGACUCCACUGAUAAGCCGUGGCGCCCAUACUACAACUACAAGCCCAAGAAGAAAUCCAAACAAUUGAGAAAAAUGAGAAAAGUCAAGUGGAGGAAGGAGCGUGGAAACAGAAGCCCCAUCAGCCGGUGCAGAUACCCAGCUGAACUGGAUCGCGCAGAGGUGAAACUGCCCCCGGAUAAGGCCUUCGAAGAAGAAGAGAAUAAAGAGAUGCCCAAGCUGCAGUGUGAGCUCUGUGACGGUGACAAAGCAGCAGGGGCGGGAGCCGAAGGCAAGCCCCACCAGCAUCUCACUUUGAAGCCUUACAUCUGCGAGCUCUGUGCGAAGCAGUUCCAGAGCUCCUCCACGCUCAAGAUGCACAUGAGAUGCCAUACUGGAGAGAAGCCGUACCAGUGCAAUACCUGUGGGCGGUGCUUCUCCGUGCAAGGGAACCUACAGAAGCACGAGCGCAUCCACCUGGGCGUGAAGGAAUUCAUCUGUCAGUAUUGUAACAAGGCAUUCACACUGAACGAGACGCUCAAGAUCCAUGAAAGAAUCCACACGGGGGAGAAGCGCUACCACUGUCAGUUCUGCUUCCAGGGUUUCUUAUAUCUCUCCACAAAAAGGAACCACGAGCGGAGGCAUGUUCGGGAGCAUGAUGGGAAAGGCUUUGCUUGCUUCCAGUGCCCCAAAAUAUGCAAAACAGCUGCUGCCCUCAGAAUGCACCAAAAGAAACACUUAUUCAAGACUUUAACUAAGCAAGAGGAAACAGGUGACAUGUGCCACGAAAACUCCGAUCUCUUGGAGAAUCAACUUUGCACUGAUUCGGAAGACAGCGACCAAAAGGAUGACAUAAAAACCUUUGCAGAAAAUGUCCUUUGAGUGACAACAACAGUUAGAAAAGUCUUCGAAUUUGUUUGUGAUUUUUUUUUUUUUUUUUAGUUUUUUUUUUAAGCUUAGUUUUGUUCACAUAAUAGUCACAAAGGAUGGGGGUGGGGUGUUAAUUUUCAUUUGUGUAAACUCAAAAAAAAAAAAAAAAAAAAAAGGAUCCUAACAACUAUUUGGGGUUUUAUCAUUCACUUCACACAGAAUGCAUAAAACUCAAAUAGCUGAAUGCUCUAACAACCCGAGUAUUUUGUGAAAGCUAAUGAAGUUCUUAGCUGUGGGAUUCCGAACAGUGAAAACAGCAGCUGAAUUUUAGCCUAAUUUAAACCUUUUUCACAAGCACUAACGAGGUCUGCUGAACUGUUUCUAGUCACUGGAGAGAGUAAGGGUCGGGAUCAUGAAAUUAGAGUCUUUGAGACGUGCUAAACGGUGUACGAGCUAUGACAGUAUUUAUUGCCAUUGAGUUUCUGCACUAUUAAUCUUUGGUAAACUGAUGAGUAUUUGCAAAAUACUUAACAAUAUAAUUGAAAAUAUGUAAUAGGUAACCUAAAGUAGGACAUUCAGAUAUCAUCUAGAAAUACUUUUCUGCAACAUAAACCUUGUAAAAUACGUAUAUGAAUCACUAUAACUUUUAGCUGUCUAUAUGUCCCUUGUAGAGAAUCGUAAUGAGCAAUAGACCUCAGAGAAAUGAGGACUGCUGUAGAAAUCAGUAAAGCAUUUGGAUCUGACUGACGAGCAUGUGCGUGCUUCUUGAUGGAAUGCUGUGCUGUUCUCUUGAAGUAUGGCUGAGCUGUUAUUAGAACUGGUCCACUCAAGUCACACAGAACAUAGGUCAUGCCUUAUCUAUGGGGAAAGCCUUCCCAGACUUACCUGAAAUUGUCUAUGUAUAUGUAUAAUCCUCUGCAGUGGCCUCGCCUCAGAGAAUGAAGAAUGGUCAAAUUCUUCAGAACUCUCUGCAGUCUUCCAGUCAUCCCCAGGCCAUGGAUGUUGGGGGCUAUCCCACCCAGACUUAAGGGGUCAAAUAAUCCUGACCCCUCCCAUCCCACUGAAGCAGCAUGCAUGAGGUUGAGGGCAAGACACACCUCUUUGGUAAUUAAGUCACAGGCACUUGGAAAUGGCAGAAGGCCUAAUUCCUCCGUUUUACACCUUCUUGGAGAUAAUGCAGCCCACAGGUACAUAGUAGUUAAAAGGACAACAGACUCCCCACACACAUACACUGAUGAGGACAAGGGGACCUGAUGGCCUUCUUUGCCUAUCACGGCAGCAUUGUUUUUGAGGGAUGGGGAGAUAAUAUGGGGAAGGACAGAGUUCUGCCCCUUACAGACGUGACUGGGAGCAUCCACCAAGCCAGAUGCUCUGUGUUCAUGCUUGCAGACAUGAGCUCCCUGUUACAGCCCCACUUAUAUUUCUAAAUCAUUUUUUUACAUUAAUGCAGACUGUCAACAUUGCCCUCAAAAGUCUAGUUGCCCUACAAGUAUUUUUUUUUUUUUUAUGUGAACUAGGAUCCUGGAAAGCUGGAACUCAUAAGAUUCUUACUGUUAAGACUGCCAGAAUAGGAAGGAGGGAGAGCACCCCCUGCCCUUCCAGCACCAGGAUGGGCAAAAUUCACCUCAGUUCAAACAGCCAUUCCUGUUCGUUGGAUUUAGUACUGGAAAGCCAAGGCUGGACGGUUAUCAGAGGACUCCAGUUUCUCACACCAGAUGUUGUGUUGUCUCCACGAAGAAGGCUUAGUGUGAUUUGGGGUAGGCAAGAAAACAUUUAAACACCCAGAAAAAAAAAAAAAAAAAAAAAAAGAAAGGACAUGAUUCAAGGUGACCUUUUAUACUGUAGCACUUUGCUGUUAGCCCCAGUAUGUAUCUACGUUUAUCAUUUGUUCAUCUACUUUCACCUACAUACAGUAUUAUAUACUAGAGGAAAUGGGGGAACUGCAAGCAAAUUGAGCUUUGUUUUGUCUGUUGUAUAUAUAUGUACACCCACACCAUUUGAGUUCUGUUGAGAUAGUCACAAAGGGCUUAUGAAAAUCACUUUUGAAUUAACAACUAGAUGACAAACAAUCCUGUGAUCCACUAAUUUGUCUUAUCUUGGUUAUGAUUAUAUAAAACAAUUAUGGAUUUAAGUUGUUUUGAUUUAACUACAAAUAUAAUUAUAUGUAUCGGUG